AUGUGCAAGUUAUUUCAUGUGUCAAUAAAAGAACAAGCUGUAUAUUCGACAGGAACGCAGUUUUGUUAUAAGAUAUUCCUAGCAGCGAGUACCGUAUCAAUCAACAUAUGUUUACCGCUACGAACACAUCUAGUCACACAGUGUUUUGCAUCAGCUGAAAUGGCGUGCAGACGUAGUUUAGCUUUCUUUUUGGUGCUGUCUUUGCUGGCGAAUGCCUUAUGCCUCCCGCCAAACGUAACGUUUCGGAGGCGGAGAGACUCAAAAGACAGCGACGUGAAUUUGGACUCUUCGGCAGUAAAUACAAUUACAGAAUCAAAAGAUACAACAAGCGAUUCGUCACCGACGCCGGCGACAGAUGACGACGAUGAUGAUUUUGAUGAAGAUAAUUUUAAACCCACAACGACGAGUAGCGGCGGUGGCAGCAAUAUAUUCAGCCUAAUUAAUCUGGCUACUGCUUUCUUGCCGUCACUAAGUGGCUCGAACAACGUGAAAAAAAACAAUGAAUUUGUAACAAAACUAAUACGUGACGUUAUAAAACAAUACCAAACCAGAACCAUUCAGAAAAGACAAGAUAUUAAAGAUAACGUUAUCGAAAUAGAUUAUGCAUCAAAAUUAAAACCUCCUUUCUUCGAAAGACAAGAGAGUGAGCAAGCUGAUGAUGAAAACAGCGAAACCUCUGAGAGUGAUUCUGAAGAAGAUAAUGGCGGAGAAGAAAGUUUGGAAGAGCCGACCAGUGAGACUGAAAAUUCUAAACAAGACUCGGCUUCUAAUGCAUCAAACGCUAGUAGCGACGAUGAUGAUGACGAUGAUGAUAAUAAUUCAGAUUACGAUGAGCCACCUGAUGGUGACGGUCAGGGAGGUGGCAUAUUAGGUGUCCUUGCUGGUCUCAGUGGUGAUGGUGAAUCAGACUUGGGAUCGUUAUUGGCUGCAUUCGGUGGUAUAGUAGCAAACUUAAGCUCUGAUGAAGGUUCCAACCCUGGAGAAAUAAUCGCAAGUUAUCUACUAACUUCUCUGGACACCAUCAGCGGAGGCGGAGCAACAAAUAAUGGUGCUUUCUUUGGCAAAUUCUUGUCUACGUUAGUGAAAGGAACAAGCGCGGGUGGUGAUCCUGAUGACUCUGAAGAAAAUGGAGGCAUGAAAAUGGCUGAUUCGGCAGGUUUCUUCCUGAGCCUGCUAAUGGGUCUUUAUGGAGAGAUGUCGAAGCACAGCUCUGGAGGAAGUUGGCGAUAA